CAAUGUGUCCACGAAAGUGAAUCAUAAUAUCCAUAACUUGAAAGAAAAGCAUUUUAUCGAAGUCUAGAUAAAAGUACAAGUAAAUAAUGACUAAAUUAUUGCAAAGUAAACCAAAUAUAAACAUAGCGAAGUCUCGCGCCAUUGAAUUUAUAAUUUUUGGCUGCUCCACGCACGGCCACACUAGCGCGGCGUUUUGGCGCAUUUUGUUGUGUAGUAGUAGUGUUUGUGCGAAAAAUAAAAAUACAAAAUAAGAGAUACGAAAUACGAAAUUCGCUAUGUCGACGCUAGAGCUGUGCGAAAAGUACUUUGGGACGCGGGAUGUGUACAAGCUGAUGGACCUGGCCAAGGGCGCCGGCGAGAAGGAGGUUAAGAAGGCGUACCACAAGCUCUCGCUGCUCGUUCACCCAGAUCGAGUGCCGGAUGAGCAAAAGGCGGAGUCCACCGAGAAGUUCAAGGUGCUAUCGAAGGUCUACCAGGUGCUCACCGACGCCCAGAAGCGGGCGCUGUACGACGAGCAGGGUGUGAUCGACGACGACGAUGAGAGCGAGUCCAAGCUGUCGUCGUGGCUGGAGCUGUGGAGCAAAAUCUUCAAGCCCAUCACCGAGGAGGAUAUCAACAACUAUGAGAAGGAGUAUUUGGGAUCAGAACUGGAGCGCACCGACGUGAAGAAGGCGUAUCUGGGCGGCAAGGGUUGCAUCAACUAUCUGAUGAACCAUGUGCCAUUCAUGAGGGUGGAGGACGAGCCGCGCAUUCAGAAGAUCGUGCAGGAGAUGAUUGCCAGCGGUGAGGUGCCCGAGUACAAGAUCUUCACCGAGGAGCCAGCCGCCAAGCGCAAGAAGCGCCACCAGAAGUACGCGCGCGAAUUUAAGGAAGCUAAGGUCAUCAAGGAGCGCUUAAAGCGCCGCCAGAAGGAACAGGACGACCAGGAUCUGGAGGAAAACGGUGGCGACUUGCAGCAAAUGAUCCUGGCGCGACGCAAUCAGCGCGAGUCGAACUUUGGCUCCCUGAUGGACCGCCUGAUGGAGAAGUACGGCAACGAGGACGACUCCGACACGGUUGACUUCAGCGCCUUCGAGAAGAAGAAAAAGAAGUCCAAGAAGCCCGCCGCCAAGAAGGAGCCCAAACAGAAGCUCAGUGGAGUCAAGACUGGCCGGGUGGAGAAGGGCAAAAACUAGUGCCAGUCCUCCUCCUUCACUCCUUAUCGUACUCUCCUUAAUCUAUAUAUCACGUAGUUUAGACUUAGGUACUCUUACACUGGUAGGCACAAUUAUUUUGACAAAAUGUUCUUUCGUGUUCCUCAGAACUCUUUUAUCAGCAGCGUUCAAAGAGUGCGCAAAAGUUCAUAAGUAGCAUAUUAAUAAUGGCAUAUAAAAAAAAGCAGGAAGAAUUUUAGUUCAAGCUGAUCAAAGAGAACUGAGGAACACGAAAGAACAUUUUGUCAAAAUAAUUGUGCCUACCAGUGUAUGUAUUUAUCCAUGUACGUAUACUUAUAUUUUUCGUUAGAUUCAUAUUAGGUGGGAAAAGAAAUGCAUAGUUUUAAAUCGUCACCAUUAUGUUACUCCGUAACCAAAAGUUUUUGCAUAAUGAAUACAAGUUUUUCAUUCACUUGGUUCGCAAGAAAUUCAAAUCACA